GAUAUAUUCUAUGCACUACGUAUGACGCUGAAUUUGUCUGAUUUAUUAUGCGAAUUGCAUUCAUCCUCUUUUAUAUAGGACAUUUGCAUCGAAAUGCGAUUGCCGAUAAUGCCUCGCCACCUCCGGGACCACGACCCGGCAUUGAUUUUAUUGGUCCUUUAUGGUUGCCACGAACUUACAAAGUCACCUGCUGCCGAGGUGGUCAACCAGUGGCGGAAAAUGAAGAGCUGAUUACAAAUUGGACGCAAAAAGCGUCUGACUAUGCAGUUGACGAACGUGUAGCUGAUGGAGCUGAUAAUCAUUGCAGGGUGUUUGAGGGCACAUUUCUGCUAUCAGCGGCAGCUCUAUUCAAUUUCAGCUUCACUGGUUAUGGUGUACAGUGCAAAUGUCCUGACGAAACAGAUGCACUGGACAAGCAUUGUCGACGAUUGGCUCCAUGCCAAAAUAACGGGUAUCGCUCUCAAUCUCUAGGAAUGAUGUGUGCAUGCAAUGAACCAUAUUUUGGAGAAUAUUGUGAUAAAAUUUGCGAUCAAGGCCAAGUGCUCAAAGGUGUCGAUGGCCGCAGUUACUGUAGUUGCUUGCCAUUUUAUCAGGGAGAACAAUGUACAGAUAUGGUGUGCUUGAACGGGGGGGUAGAGGUUCAUGGUCGUUGUACUUGCCCGCCUACUUUUGUUGGCUAUCACUGUGAAGUAGAUGCAAAUCGUACUGUUCAACAUGGAUCACGAUUUCACAGAUUUGGAGAGACCAAUGAACUUCUCAGUCGCGACAUUAGCGGGACCAUAUUCAGCCUAGUGAUGAUUAUCGUCCUGGUUGUAUCCAUGUAUCUCCUCAUGAAGCACCGGAUGCAAGUGCAAUCACGAUACGCAGCAUCGCGUCGUGAGGAGAUGGCUCGUGCGGCUGCGGCAUACGGUAUCUCACGUCGUGGGGACGUGAUUGCACCAGAAGAUCUACGAAUAGCACCGUUCGUGGCAGCUGGUAUAGAUGGUCCACCGCCCUAUGUAUUGCACACUUAUGGUAGAGCACGCAAUGAGAUUUUGCCUCCCUUGCCGACAUAUGAAGAUGCUACAAAGGAACUGCCAAUAAGGCUCUCCUCUCCUGGAGAAACUUCUGAACCUCCCCAUCAACUUUCCACACAAAUAGGACAACCGUCAACUAGUCCCGAAAACUCACAUGCGGAUGAUAUUACUUCUUCUACUUCUGCACCUACCAGUGGCCAGAGGGAUACCCUAGAACGGCGAAUCGAACCUUCAACAAUGUCCAGAACGCCCAUUUACAGAAGAAGCUUGUAGCGAUCGCUGUAUGAGACAUGUCAUAGACGAACGUUACAUUCCCAAUGCACUUAAAUGCCUCUUAAUUUCCUUGCCAUAGAUUACCAUAAUAUUGCAUUUCUCAUACCAACAAUUGCCCCAUCUAGGAACUCGUGUUUCAGGUCAAAAAGCUUUCAUCUGUAGUACGCUGGUUAGUGUUUUUAGGUUUAUACACUCACUUAUUCUAUGUACAUUACAUUGCUCAAGUCAUGUAUGAUCUUUCUCGAUGAGAAUAAAUGCGCAAAAGUAAUUUGAUUUGAAACCGUUUGCAAGUGGCACAUUUUUUUGCUGCUAGAU